GGUCAACAUAUAUGGUAACCCCCGCCCACUCCACCACCAUACAAUAACAUAGACUGUUUUUUGUCAAUACUCAAAUUGCUUCCCAUGUGUCACCCACCACUCACCCUGCAGGCAUGGAAGUAGACGCAGUCUUCAUCCAAGCCACUAAGCACUGCCCAAAACUCGCCGUUGUCGAAGCAGACGACAUUCCAUUGAUCGAUCUCUCCGUUCUAAAAUCCCAUAACUCGUCGGAGCCUGACGCCACAGCCAUAAGACUUCUUAUAUACGAGAUAGGUGAGGCCUGCAAGAACUGGGGUUUCUUUCAGGUGAUCAACCAUGGGGUGCCAUUUAAACGCCGAAAAAACCUUGAGAUCGUGGCGAGGAAGUUCUUCGCUAUGUCGAAGGAGGAGAAGAAGAAGGUGAGUAGAGAUGAUGUAAUACCCUUUUUGGGGUAUUAUGAUACUGAGCAUACUAAGAAUGUCAGAGACUGGAAAGAGGUGUUUGAUCUUACCGUAGAGAAUCCAACACUGUUUCCUGUUUCUCAUGAGCCUGAUGAUAAGGAGUUAAGAGAGUAUAUUAAUCAAUGGCCCAAAAAUCCACCAGAAUUGAGAGAAGAAUGCGAACACUAUGCUGAAGAAGUGCAAAAACUAGCCUACAAAUUGUUGGAACUCAUCUCUAUGAGCUUAGGCCUGCCGGCUAAUCAUCUGAACGGAUUCUACAAUGACCAUACCAGCUUCAUCCGGCUUAACCACUAUCCGCCUUGUCCCGUUCCUCACCUUGCUCUUGGGGUUGGUGGGCACAAGGAUGCCGGUGCCCUAACCAUCCUUGCUCAAGACGAUGUUGGAGGGUUUGAAGUGAAGCGAAAAACAGAUGGAGAGUGGAUUCGGGUCAAACCUACUCAUGAUGCUUAUAUUAUCAAUGUUGGUGACAUUAUUCAGGUUUGGAGUAAUGAUAGGUAUGAAAGUGUGGAGCACAGGGCAACAUUGAAUUCUAAGAAAGAUAGGAUCUCCAUCCCAUUCUUCUUCAACCCCGCUCACUACACCAUUGUGGAACCCUUGGAAGAGCUGAUAGAUGAUCAAAACCUUGCCAAAUAUAAGCCAUAUAACUGGGGAAAGUUUUUUGCAACCCGAAAACGCUGUAAUUUCCAGAAACUUGAAGUUGAAAAUAUUCAAAUCUCUCAUUUCAGGAGAAGGCAGUGGAAGGCAGUUAAGGCGGUCUGCUCUUCUUCUCUAGUCCAGACGACGCACAAGCAUAACCAGCAACUCCUCAACUUAGCUCUCGAACUCUCCAGUCCAGAUGCACAAGCAUUUGAUUUCAGUUUUAAUACUGGAGGUGAGAAAUCGACAGUGAAGCCACAAGCCCCAAUCAAACUCGAAGCCUUCAUCCUCUUUCUCUUAGACCAUCGAGAAAGAGCAAAGCAUGACUAUGAACAACUGAAGAAAACUGUUGAUGAAUUGCAGGCAUUUGAGCAGAAUGUCAAGUUGGUAAAAGAGCUGAAACUAUGA